GUUUUGUUUAAAAUUGUGACAGUCAAGCACAUGACAUGAGUUCCCACCUCUCAAGCUCCCUCCUCUAUAAGAACCACCUGGUUCCCGCCGGUUUUCAUUCUCCGUCACCGUCCAAUCGCCACUUUUCCCGCCAGAUUACGUGUCUGGAAAUGUCGUGCUCUUCCCAAACCCCCUUCCCUACUCUCAAAACUGUCACCAUAUCAUACACAGAGCUUAAGAACAAGAGGGCUGACUUGUCGUUGAAGAUUGAAGAAGGUUUCGGCCCCAGCGGGCUCGGAAUUCUAUCGAUUACUGAUGUUCCAGGGUUUCCUUCAUUGCGUCGGAAUCUUUUACGUCUUUCACCCAGAUUGGCCAGCCUGCCAGAAGAGGUAAAGAAGGAACUUGAAGAUCCUCAUAGCAGGUACAACUUUGGAUGGAGCCAUGGGAAAGAGAAGCUUGAAUCUGGGAAGCCUGAUUUGUUGAAAGGCUCUUUUUAUGCAAAUCCAAUAUUAGAUAGGCCUACUACGGAGGCAUCUCUGAUCCAAAGGUAUCCAUCAUACUGUGGGUCAAAUAUAUGGCCUGAUAGUGCGUUGCCAGAACUUGAAGUGGCCUUCAAAGCUCUUGGAAAGCUGAUCUUUGAUGUUGGGUUGAUUCUGGCAUAUCACUGCGACCGAUACGUAUCUAAAGGGGUGAAUAUGCAUGAGGAUGAAGGCCUUGAAAAGAUACUUCUUCGUUCUCGGUGCCAUAAAGGGCGUCUGCUUUAUUAUUUUCCAGCACAAGAGAGUAAUUGUACCCAAGAUGGUGACUCCAUUUCAUCCUGGUGCGGGUGGCAUACAGACCAUGCUUCACUGACAGGUCUGACCUGUGGCAUGUUUAUGAAAGAUGGUGUAGAAUUACCUUGCCCUGGUAGUGCUGCCGGACUUUAUAUUAAAACACGAACUGACCAAAUUGUCAAAGCUGUAUUUGGAGAAGAUGACAUAGCAUACCAAAUUGGUGAAACUACUGAAAUACUUUCAAGAGGUUAUCUUUGUGCAACACCUCAUUGUGUUCAGGCACCUAAAGGACAGAAGGCUUCUGGUAUCGACCGAUCAACAUUUGCAUUAUUCAUGCAACCAGACUGGGAUGAAAGUCUUAAUUUUCCUGAGGAGGUGCAUAUUCAUAAAGAGCUGAUAUCAUCUAGUGGUGCUCUUACUUUUGGAGAGUAUACUGAGAAGCUCCUUGAUAAAUAUUACCACUCGAAAACAUAAGGGGUUGUAUAUUUUGCCUGAAUUGUGUUCAUUCAUGAAUAAAUUAUUCUCUCAUACUAGGGAUAACUAUAUAACGGUUCAUAAUAUAUGGAAUUAACUUUUCCAUUUGCAAAAAA